AUGGCAAGGUCGCAGAAGAAUUCAGGACAAGAAGUUCAUGAACUCCAGAAAGUUGUAAAUGAAAAGGGGAAUGAAACCGAAGAACUUUCCCAGCAAAUCGCAACUUUGCGACUUAAAAACGAGACGACGGAAAGGGAAAAGGAGACAUUUCGGCAAGAAAAUAUUGACAAGAGCAACAAAAUUGAGCAACUUCAGGAAGAUAAAAUGAAGGAACUCCAAGAGAAAAUCGCAAGUAAGAACAGGAAAAUACGGGAACUUGAAGAAGAUAUCGAUCAAACGGAAAAAGAAGUGGAAAAAAUCAACAAUGAAUGCGCUGGUAAGGAAGAUGAAAUUGAGCAGCUUCGAGAAGAUAAGAAGGCGCUAAAGAAUGAAAUGGAAACACUUCGGCAAAGAAACGUUGACAAUAAAAAUGAAAUUCAGCAACUCUGGAACGAGGAAAAUGAAAUGAAAAGUAAAAUUAAGCAACUUCAGGCCGAUAAGAUCAAAACGGAGAAUACAAUUCAGCUACUUAAAAAUGAAAAGAAUCGGGAUAGAAAUGAAAUUCAGCAACUUCAGGGUGAAAAGAGCAAAAUGGAAAACAGUAUUCAGCGGCUUCAAAAAGAAAACAAUGGCAUGAAAAUUGAAAUUCAGCAACUUCAGGGUGAAAAGAGCAAAAUUGAGAACAGUAAUCAGCAGCUUCAAAAAGAAAGUAAUGGCAUGAAAAUUGAAAUUCAGCAACAUCGGACCAAUAAGACCAAAAUGGAGAACAGUAUUGAGGAGCUUCAGACAGAAAAAAAUGAGAUGAAAAAUGAAAUUCAGCAACUUCAGGGUGAUAAAAUCAAAAUGGAGAACAGCAUUCAGAAGCUUCAGAGAAAGAAUAAUGAGAUGGGAAAUGAAAAUCAGCAACUUCGGAACAGCAUGGACCAGACGAACAGUAAGAAGCAACAACUUCAGGCAGAAAAUGAUGCAAUGAGCAAUGAAAUUCAUCGUCUUCAAGAAGAAAGAAAUCAGAUGAGCCGUGAAAUUCGGCUACGUUUGGGCGAUAACAGCAAAAUGGAGGUUGAUAUUCAGCAGCUUCAGAAAGAAAAGAAUGAAAUGAGAGGUGAAAUUCAGCAUCGUCGGGACAGUAUCGACCAGAUAAACAAUGAAAUUCAGCAACAUCAGAUAGAAAAGAACGUGAUGAGUAAUGAAAUACGGCGUCUUGAGGAUGAACGAUAUGCUAUGCGAUAUGAAAUACAGCAACUUCAAAAACAAAUCGACAAUUUGACAUCACAGGCUAUGUCUAGAACCCCUAUCGAAGAAGGUGAUGUGGUGGUUUCAACUAAUGAACUCGGACGAGGGGCUUAUGGUGCCGUUUAUGAGGGAAACUUUCAUGGAUCUAAAGUAGCGGUUAAAGAAUAUCACGAACUAAUCAUAUCUCCACAUAAUCUGGAGCAUCUCCAACGUGAAGUGUAUAUUGCAUCGCAGUGUCGUCAUCCGAAUUUACUACAGUUCAUAUGCGCAGAGAGAAAUAAUCAUAACCAUCUGUUAAUCGUGACAGAACUGAUGGAUAUGAAUUUACGUACAUAUAUGGGACGUCUAACCUUGCGGCUGCAUUACGAGGAAGUCAGAUUAAUUUCCUUGGACGUGGCAUGUGGUCUCAACUACCUUCAUACAAAGAAACCAAGGCCAAUAAUCCAUCGUGAUAUCAGCAGUGCCAACGUGUUGUUAGAAAUUGGAAAUCGUUCACCAAGAAGAGCGAAGAUAUCAGAUUAUGGUUCAGCCAAUUUCAUGGAUAUGUGUAAAACUAAAAAUCCAGGAGCAGUUCUUUACGCCGCACCUGAAGCCGGGCAAGCUAGACAGGACCCUAAGAUCGAUGUCUUCAGUUAUGGGAUUCUGGUGUGUGAGAUGUCCAUCUGUGAACUACCUAUCCCUGAAAGUAGAGAAAAUCAAAGAGAAAGAAUUCCAAACAGGAAUGUGAAACAACUGGUGAAGACCUGCACGAAAGCUGAACCACCAGCAAGACCAACGAUGCAGGAUGUGAUUGAACAUUGGAAACGCUACGAGUCUCAAGACACGGGCCGUUUUCCCUUUUUGCGGAAGUGA